CGCGAUAAAAUUAUUAAUAAUAGUAAAACGCAGUCGUUUUUACAUCGUUGCCGUCCUUCGUCAUUUCUAAGCUCGUAGAAGGAGAGAUCUCUGACCAAAAAGUCCAGUCUCUUUACUUUAACGCUUAUAAUCAUAAAGAACAAUUGACGACGAUCAUGAUCUUCCGAUCUAAUCAGGGCCGUCAGUUCUAGGGAUUCUCCAAAAAAAAGUCAGAAGAUGCCGAUCAAUCUCGAAGCAAUCGUCAACGUGACCGCCAAUGCCACCAAUAUCUCCGUCGUGCUCCCGCCAACACUGGAAAUUUCAUCUCCUACGAAAAUCGGCGAUGAAGAUGAGAGCAAUCGGCAGUGCCACGGAGUCUUGUAUGAUGUCGUGUUGGUGGUGCCGGCAGUGCUUUUCGUUGUGUACCUGGCGGUUCACGCGAAGAAGAAUCUGAGGAAACUGUGCAAUGGAAGCUCGUAUAUUAUGAUUGCCUAUUAUGCCCUUCUUUGGCUCGCUUGUUUGCUCAACCUCGCUUGGUGCUCUCUUCAGGCUUGGCAAUGCUCUCCUGGGAAGGAGGUUGCUUGGAAUAUCCUGUCGCUAUUUACCACAUCCGCAAUGCUGUAUUUAGAAAUUUGUUUGGUGGGCUUUCUACUCCAGGAAAGUUAUUCUAGUGGAUUGGAAACUCUAUCACGCACUUCCAUAAUAUCAGGGAUAAUUGUUGGUGUGGAUGUUCUUCUCAAGGUAAUAUUUGUUUUUGGAUUUGGGUUCCCAUUGUUCUUUGACAUAGAGAGUACUCACCAGAUGAAGUGGGGCUUGUGGAUCAUCCAAAACUUAUUACUUACUGCAGUUUAUGGCUUCAUUUUAUUUGUGCAUUUUCCCAAGUGGAGAGAGAAGUUGCCUUCUAGACCAGCAUUUUACCACUACAUCAUUGUGAUGUUUGCCGUUAGCGCAGUUGCAUUGUCUGGUUGUCUGCUUGCUGGAAUUGGAGCUGCUUUUGGCAUUUGGUUGUAUAAUCUCACGGUUGUCUGCUAUCACACGCUUUAUCUUCCUUUCUUGUUUGUGACUUUUUUGGCAGACUUCUUCCAGGAGGAAGAUUUUCUCUUGGACAGUGCAUAUUACUCAGAAAUGAAAGAUGCCGGAUUCUUUGAUGCCGAUUGGGAAUAAGGCAUUUUCUUUGACAUCUGAGUUUAAUUUGUUGUAUACUUUGUAAGCUUUAGAUGUUUGUCUUGUAAAUAAAAUUUAACUGAACUAUACACUCACUUCUAUACGUUUUAAAAUUGUAACUAAGCCAUGAAACUGCUAAGGUUCCUGGAUUCAGUAA